AAGGAUCCACUCGAUUCGCUCCUUUUGUCGCUCCCACCGUUUCAUCAAACACUCCCCUUCGUAUUCCUAACACCUAAAACUAUAAAACGCAGCCUCAUGAAUCUCAUCGCCUACCAACCCCACUCUCACUCCUUCUCGCGUGCCAUCCACGCGAACCUAAUCGCACCGGCCCCUACCUGGUCAACACACCACGCUCCCCAACGCGCGUGGCUGAUCUUAGUCGCCUGCGAACUUCCCCCUCUAUAUCGAUAACCAUCGUGCUUCAUCGUUUCCACCUCCGAUCCUUCUUUUUCCGAUUCGCAUACAACUGUUUUGGUUCUGUCCGGUACAGGUCGUUCUCUUGAUGCGCGAUUUGAUCUUCUCGAGUGAAAAAUGGAACCUAUAGAUAUCGUCGGCAAGACGAAAGAGGAUGCUUCGCUCCCAAAAGCUACCAUGACCAAGAUAAUCAAAGAAAUGUUACCUCCAGAUGUACGUGUUGCUAGAGAUACUCAAGAUCUAUUAAUCGAGUGUUGUGUUGAAUUCAUAAAUCUAAUUUCAUCAGAAUCAAACGAAGUCUGUGGCAGAGAAGACAGAAGAACAAUUGCACCAGAACAUGUACUCAAAGCAUUAGAGGUUCUUGGUUUUGGAGAAUACAUAGAAGAAGUAUACGCCGCAUAUGAACAACACAAACUUGAAACCAUGGAUACAGUGAGAGGUGUAAAGUGCACAAAUGGGGCAGAGAUGACAGAAGAAGAAGCAUUGGCAGAGCAACAAAGGAUGUUUGCAGAGGCACGUGCGAGAAUGAAUGGUGGUGUUGCAGUUGGAGGUGUUGUUGCUAAACAACCGCAAGUGGGAGUGGAAGUGGAAGUGGAACCUAAUUUGGAAGCAGCAGACUCUUAGAAGACGAUGAAGAAAACAAGUUAUGUUUAGUAUAAAAAUAGGCAUGACCAUCGAUUUCUUUUUAGGUUAAUAUUAGUUAUUACCCUUCAGUGUCAUGUACAAAAUCCGCUUGCUUUAGUUGUUUUGUGUACUUUUUAAUUUGUGUAUAUGUUUGGUGUAGUAGUUUGGAAGAUUUUAGUUGGUAGCUGUUACAUGGUAACAUUUUAGAUUUUUCUGAUUUUUAGAAAUGUUAUAAUGGAAAUGAAAUAGAUGGAUGGAUGGAUGGUUAGUUGGUUUA